AUGUGUUUACUACGAGGUUACUGUGUAGUGGUGGGUUUGUGCAAGAUCUGUUUGUAUGUGUUUCUAAAUUGUUGUUUAUGAUGCAGUUGGGUUUACUGUUCAUUAUACUAUGCUCGGUAAAUGAUGUUUAUGGGCAAUUCGUGAAGAAAGGCUCCAGUUUUGAAGCAGAUUCAGAAUCCCGACUACGAUCUUUGGGGAUUCUAUUGAGUGGCGGAGCGAAGAACGAAGAUCGACUUAAAGGGCCGGGUCCGGUAGACUGUGAGUGCAAAGAAUCUACCGUUUUUGUAGGAAUAGCUGAUGGUUCAGGGAUUGAUGGUGAAUAUGUUAACGAAGACUAUGUCUCUAAAGAAGUUGUAAAUGAAUGUCAAUGUCCUAAAGAGGAUAACCACAACUCUUCUUCUGUAACAAGCACAAAGUAUGGAUAUUCAGAUUACUGUUACCUUCUAAAAGCUUUGAAUAACGCGACUUUUGAAUUCGAAGAUCGCGCGAUACAGAUUCAGUGGGUUCAGAUGCUUGAAAGGCUACAAAGUGACGUUAUCUUUGAUGCCAGCUUGUCUGAUAAACAAAAGAUUGUUGCCAUUUACGGUGAACUGCUGGUUUUUACUGCGAAUUACCCAUCAACUGCCUCUUCCAUCAACAAUAUCUACAUCAGCGAAUGGAGAGGCUUUGUAGCUAACUUGGAAGAGGUUACUGUAUAUACUUUGUACCAUGUUACUGAUGUUGUUAUUGAACUGGAUUCGAAUGGAAAUUGUGUUUUGUUAGACACAUUGCGGAAGAUAAACAGUAGAGUGGUAAACAAUGAUGAUAUUCAGAAGUUGAUAAUUGAUUUGAGGUUGAUUUUGAAAGGAAACAAAGCACUUUCAUCGAAACUGGCAGAUGUUUAUGUUAUUAUAGCCAAUUUCUUGGGUAGCGAUAAUGAUAGAAAGGCAGUUGUGCUUGGCAGUUAUAUCGACGGUUAUGGUUAUGUUGGGGUACUGUUUAGUACUGCUUCAUAUGUAAGUUGCUCGUCUUGUUUGCGAAAAAAUUAUGUUAAAAUUUAGUACUGGAGAGCACAAAACCUAUCACCAGUUAUUAGCGGAAGCCCGUGUCAAUUAAUUUCAAGUUUGAAUACAGCUGCUGGAGAUACAAGCCUUGCUACAGUAUCUCAGCGUAAUCAAAUAAAAAAAUUUACGAAAAAGCUAGCAAAUGGAUUCAGGAAAAAUCUGUCAGUAGAAUCAAGGAGCAAAUACUUUAAUGUUCAGCUCUAUCAAUGGUUAAUUAUUCAGCCAUGGGCAACCAAAGUUAUAUUAUCAUUGAAGUUGGGCGAUUACGGCACUAUUGGUCAGAUGGUUUCUGCCAUUUCUUUUGUAGGUUUUUAGUACUAAACUUGGCCAUACGUGUCCUAAAAGAAGGCUUUUGAAGGGUGCCUAAUUUUGUGGCAAAGUAUGCUAAUCUUGUGAUAAGGCACCUCUGCCUUCCUCUAUUUUUUGAUAGCAACCUUAUCCUUUGUAGUUUUACUUUACUACACUAACCAGUCAAUCUUCAGAAAGCUAACGCAGCUCCAAUAGACGUCCCGGAACCAGAAACAUCGUCCUUUUCUCCAGGAGACUGUAGCUCAACUCUUGAUCUCAUAAUCAAAACCCCAAAUCAAAACACAUCGUUAUCACAAUCAGUAGCCGAUGCCAUGUCAGAAUCGUGGACAAGAACGCAAAAAGCACGUUUUUCAGCGUAUUUUAGAAGGAUCAACCGUCUUCAAAACAAGUAUUCUGGAGAAGACUCCUUGAACAAAGUCUGUCGCAUCUUCAAAUAUUGGACUAGAGCUAGAAUGCCAAGACAACAAGUGUUUGACAUUGUGGUAUAUAAGUAUGGUAAAGGAGAGAAAGUGGCAGAAUGGGGAACUGUUAGAGAGUUUUGUCAAUGUUCUGGUUCAUGA